AUGGCUUCCUUUAUGCGCAUGAAGGCUGCUACAGGCUUCUCCGGCCUAUCACGAGCCGCCAUCCGAGUCCAGCCCAUCAGCGCCCUCUCCCACAGCGCAAUCCUCUGCCAGCGCGGCGCCGUCGACCCCCAGCGUCGUCUGUUCAGCAACUCCGGCUUCCUCAAUGGCUCCUAUAUCGUCUCCGUGCCCCCGAUGGCCGAGUCCAUCACCGAAGGAACAUUAUCCAGCUUGGCCAAGAAGGUUGGCGAGCAGGUCGAGCAGGAUGAGGAGAUUGCUAGCAUCGAGACCGACAAGAUCGACGUCCUUGUGAACGCCAAUGAGCCCGGCUCUAUUGCCGAGUACUUUGUUGAGGAGGGCGAUACCGUUGUCGUCGGACAGGAUCUUGCGCGUAUCGUGACGGGUGAAGAUGCUGGCUCUGCCAAGAAGAGCGAGGGAGAGGAGCAAAAACCAGCCAAGGAGGAGCCCAAGAAGGAGGAGUCAAAGCCCGAUGAACAACCCGCCAAGUCCGAGGAGAAGCAAUCUGCUCCUGCUCAGGAGGCCUCCAAGCCCUCAAAGCCUGCUGAGUCGAAGCCUGCUCCCAAGGAGUCCAAGCCUACACCUCCCCCUAAGAGCGCCUCAAGCGGUCCUGGUCGAGGCGAGAGAGUCGAGAAAAUGUCCCGCAUGCGAAAGACCAUCGCCGCACGACUCAAACAAUCCCAAAACACCUGCGCCUCGCUCACCACCAUCCAAGAAGUCGACAUGUCCAACCUGAUCGCAUGGCGAGCCAAGUACAAGGAGGAGGUUGCUGAGGAGCACGGCGUGCGUCUGGGUUACAUGGGUGCUUUCACAAAGGCUACCACCAUGGCUGCCCAGAAGGUCCCCCAGAUCAACGCCACCAUCGAUACCGAGAAGGAGAUCAUCACAUACAAGGACUACGUCGAUGUUAGCAUCGCUGUUUCCGCCCCUAAGGGACUUGUCACCCCUGUGUUGAGGAACACACACGAGCUUAGCAUUGUUGAGCUUGAGCGUGAGGUCGCUUCGGCUGCCAAGAAGGCUCGUGACGGUAAGCUUACCAUGGAGGACAUGGAGGGCGGUAGCUUCUCCAUCAGCAACCCCGGUAUCUUCGGCUCCAUGUUCGGAACUCCCGUCAUCAACUACCCCCAAGCCGCUGUCUUCAACAUGAACGGUAUCCGACAGGAAGUUGUUGCUAUCAACGGUGAGGUUGUUAUUCGACCUAUGAUGUACAUCAGCUUGACCUACGACCACCGUCUCAUUGAUGGCAGAGAGGCUGUCACUUUCCUGAACACCGUCAAGAAGUACAUCGAGGAUCCUUCCCGCAUGCUCCUUGCUUAA